GCUGCCCGCCCGGCUCCCGCCCUCCCGUGUCCGGGCCCGCUGCGCGGGGCGUUGGGGCCGCCCUCAGUGCCGGCGCUGCGCGGUGGGCGCCGGGCGGCAGCUGGGACCGGGGCGACUGGAGCGGGCCGCGGAGGGCCCCGGCCCUGGGCCCGUCCUGCCCUGCCCGGUGUGUCCUGCGCGGGGCGGGGGCUGCGGUUCGGGAGCCGCGCGGGGCGGGGGGAAGUUCUGUUCGGCGGUGCCCGCAGAGCGGCAGGUGUUACUUGGUUUGUAGCAUAGAGGCACUAUGUACUCAGAGUGGAGAUCCUUGCAUCUUGUCAUUCAAAAUGAUCAGGGUAAUACCAGUGUACUUCACAGCUAUCCUGAAAGUGUGGGAAGAGAAGUGGCAAAUGCAGUGGUGCGUCCUCUUGGGCAAGCUCUAAUCACGUCGUCGGUUGGAAGUGAGAGUUUGCUGAAAACAGACAAAGAAGUAAAAUGGACAAUGGAGGUGGUUUGUUAUGGACUGACCCUCCCUCUGGAUGGCGAUACCGUGAAAUACUGUGUCGAUGUAUAUACAGACUGGAUUAUGGCUCUUGUGUUACCUAAGGACUCAAUUCCUUUACCAGUUAUUAAGGAACCAAACCUUUACGUUCAAAGCAUUCUCAAACAUCUCCAAAAUCUCUUUGUACCAAGGCCAGACCCAGGAUCCAGUCAGAUUAGACUGUGCUUGCAAGUUUUGAAAGCAGUCCAGAAACUGGCUCGUGAAUCAACAAUUAUGGCAAGAGAAACCUGGGAGGUUUUGUUGUUAUUUCUUCUUCAGAUUAAUGAUACUCUUCUAGCGGCUCCAACUGUGCAAGGUGGCAUUGCUGAAAAUCUGGCUGAGAAGUUAAUCGGCGUGCUGUUUGAGGUGUGGUUACUGGCCUGUACACGGUGCUUUCCAACACCGCCCUACUGGAAAACUGCCAAAGAGAUGGUGGCCAACUGGCGGCAUCACCCUGCAGUAGUGGAGCAGUGGAGCAAGGUCAUCUGUGCUCUUACCUCCAGAUUGCUGCGUUUUACAUAUGGACCUUCAUUUCCUCCAUUUAAAAUUCCUGAAGAAGAUGCUGGUCUGAUUCCUCCUGAAAUGGACAAUGAGUGCAUCGCACAAACUUGGUUUCGCUUUUUACACAUGCUGAGUAAUCCUGUGGAUUUGAGUAACCCAGCCAUUAUUAGUUCUACCCCCAAAUUUCAGGAGCAGUUUCUGAACGUGAGUGGGAUGACUCAAGAGCUGAAUCAAUACCCCUGCCUUAAGCAUCUGCCUCAAAUAUUCUUCCGUGCCAUGCGUGGGAUCAGCUGUUUAGUGGAUGCUUUCCUGGGCAUUUCACGACCCCGGUCAGACAGUGCACCGCCCACGCCAGUAAAUAGGCUGAGCAUGCCCCAGAACACUGCUAUCAACACGACUCCACCCCAUAACCGAAGGCAUCGGGCAGUGACUGUGAAUAAAGCAACAAUGAAAACCAGCACUGUAACCACUGCACAUGCUUCCAAAGUGCAGCACCAACCAUCCUCUACUUCUCCACUCUCUAGCCCAAACCAGACAAGUUCUGAGCCACGGCCACUGCCAGCUCCUCGCAGGCCAAAGGUUAACAGCAUCUUGAACCUCUUUGGAUCAUGGUUAUUUGAUGCGGCGUUUGUUCACUGUAAACUUCAUAAUGGAAUAAACAGAGACAGCAGCAUGACUGCAUCUUUUAUCCAAAUUCUUCUUUCUUAUAAAUCUUCUAUAGCAACUCAAGCUAGUGUGGAGUUUCGCCGGAAGGGAUCCCAAAUGUCCACAGAUACAAUGGCUUCCAAUCCUUUGUUUGAUGCCAGUGAAUUCCCAGACAACUAUGAAGCAGGAAGGGCAGAGGCAUGCGGGACACUGUGUAGGAUAUUUUGUAGCAAGAAGACUGGGGAGGAAAUAUUACCAGCUUACUUAUCCCGAUUUUACAUGCUUUUAAUUCAGGGUUUGCAGAUAGCAGAUUUUGUUUGCCACCCCGUUCUUGCCAGUGUUAUUCUGAACUCCCCUCCUUUGUUCUGCUGUGACCUGAAAGGAAUUGAUGUCGUGGUUCCAUAUUUCAUUUCGGCUCUUGAAACUAUUUUGCCUGACAGAGAACUCUCAAAGUUUAAAAUCUAUGUAAACCCCACAGAGCUAAGAAGAGCUUCGAUUAACAUCUUGCUGUCUUUGUUGCCUCUUCCUCAUCAUUUUGGAACCGUAAAAUCAGAGGUUGUCCUGGAAGGGAAAUUCAGCAAUGAUGACAGCUCAACAUAUGAUAAACCAGUAACCUUCCUUUCCUUGAAGCUGAGGCUUGUGAAUAUACUUAUAGGAGCUUUGCAAACUGAAACAGAUCCCAACAACACUCAGAUGAUACUAGGUGCAAUGUUGAAUAUUGUUCAAGACUCAGCACUGUUAGAAGCCAUUGGCUGCCAAAUGGAAACGAAUGGUGGCGAAAAUAACCUCUUCAAAAGCCACAGUCGUACUAACAGUGGCAUUAGUACUGCAAGUGGGGGCAGUACGGAGCCUACAACACCAGAUAGUGAACGACCAGCACAAGCCCUUCUAAGGGAUUAUGCUCUUAAUACAGAUACGGCUGCAGGACUUCUGAUACGCAGCAUUCAUCUGGUGACCCAAAGGCUCAACUCGCAGUGGAGGCAGGACAUGAGCAUCUCACUGGCUGCGUUGGAACUUCUCUCUGGAUUGGCAAAGGUGAAAGUGCUUGUUGAUUCCUCUGAUCAAAAGAGAGCUAUUAGUUCUGUAUGCAGCUACAUAGUGUUCCAGUGCAGCCGGCCAGCCCCGCUCCACUCCCGUGACCUUCACUCUGUGAUAGUUGCAGCUUUCCAGUGCCUCUGUGUCUGGCUCACCGAGCAUCCUGACAUGCUGGAUGAGAAGGAUUGUCUAAAAGAAGUACUGGAGAUUGUGGAGCUGGGUAUUUCAGGAAGUAAAUCCAAGAGCAGUGAGCAAGAGGUGAAGUACAAAGGAGAUAAGGAGCCAAACCCUGCAUCCAUGAGAGUGAAGGAUGCUGCUGAAGCUACAUUAACAUGUAUUAUGCAGUUACUUGGAGCAUUCCCUUCUCCCAGCGGCCCUGCUUCCCCUUGCAGCUUAGUGAAUGAAACCACAUUGAUUAAAUAUUCUCGCCUACCCACCAUAAACAAGCAUAGUUUCCGUUACUUUGUUUUGGAUAACAGUGUCAUCCUCGCAAUGUUGGAGCAGCCUCUAGGGAAUGAACAAAAUGACUCUUUCCCCUCUGUCACCGUUUUGAUCCGUGGGACAUCUGGAAGAUUUGCCUGGGCCCAGCAACUCUGUCUUUUACCAAGAGGAGCUAAAGCAAAUCAAAAGACUUUUGUACCAGAACCUCGACCAGCUCCUAAAAAUGAUGUUGGAUUGAAGUACAGUGUGAAGCACCGGCCUUUUCCUGAAGAAGUGGACAAGAUUCCAUUUGUGAAAGCAGACUUGAGCAUUCCUGAUUUACAUGAAAUUGUGAAUGAGGAGCUUGAAGAGCGACAUGAGAAGCUGAGGAAUGGCAUGGCCCAGCAGAUUAUUUUUGAGACUUCCAUAGAUCAGAGAAGCGAGGAGGAGUGGCGUAAGAAGAGCUUUCCUGAUCCAAUCACAGAGUGUAAGCCCCCGCCGCCAGCACAGGAGUUCCAGACAGCACGCCUGUUCCUCUCCCACUUUGGGUUUCUGUCGCUAGAGGCGUUGAAGGAGCCUGCUAACAGUCGUCUACCUCCUCACCUGAUUGCACUUGACUCUACCCUGCCUGGGUUUUUUGAUGACCUCGGGUACUUGGAUUUAUUGCCUUGCCGUCCUUUUGAUACUGUUUUCAUUUUCUACAUGAAGGCGGGCCAGAAGACAAGCCAGGAGAUCCUGAAGAACAUGGAGUCUUCCAGAAUUGUUCAGCCGCACUUCCUGGAGUUCUUGCUGUCUCUGGGCUGGUCUGUCGAUGUGGGGAAGCAUCCUGGGUGGACUGGGCACGUCUCCACGAGCUGGUCCAUCAACAGCUGCAGUGAUGAAGAGGGACCUGAACAAGAUGAUGUAAUAAUUUCAGAAGACGUUGGAGCAAGUAUCUUCAAUGGGCAGAAGAAGGUGCUGUACUAUGCUGAUGCCCUGACAGAAAUAGCUUUUGUUGUCCCAUCACCAGUGGAGUCCCUAACUGAUUCAUUGGAAAGCAAUGUCUCUGAUCAAGAAAGUGACUCUAACAUGGAUCUGCUGCCAGGAAUAUUAAAACAGCCAUCCUUGACACUUGAACUCUUCCCCAAUCAUACCGACAAUCUGAAUCCCUCUCAGCGGCUCAGCCCUACUUCCAGAUCCAAGAGGGUGCCUCAGGGCCGGACCAUUCCGCCAAUGGGACCUGAAACCAAAGUGUAUGUGGUCUGGGUUGAACGUUAUGAUGAUAUAGAAAACUUUCCCCUCCCCGAUCUGGUGUCUGAGACCAGCACUGGCGUAGAAACUACAGCCAACAGCAGCACUUCCCUAAGAUCUACCAUUCCUGAGAAAGAAGUUCCUGUGAUCUUCAUCCAUCCUUUAAACACUGGCUUAUUCAGGAUAAAACUACAAGGAGCAACUGGGAAAUUCAACAUGGUUAUCCCGUUGGUGGAUGGGAUGAUAGUCAGUAGGAGAGCUCUUGGUUUUUUAGUGAGGCAAACAGUAAUAAAUAUUUGUCGGAGAAAGAGGCUGGAAAGCGAUUCCUACAACCCGCCCCACGUCCGCCGGAAACAGAAAAUCGCAGACAUUGUCAAUAAGUACCGCAACAGGCAGCUGGAGCCCGAGUUUUAUACCUCGCUUUUCCAGGAGGUUGGGCUCAAGAACUGCAACCCGUAGGCCAUUUUCCUCCCCGGACAAUGAGAUCAGAGCUUGGUGGCUACAGUAAUGAACGCAGUUAAAUAACAACCAAUUUCCUCAGCCCUCCGGAAUUCAGGAAGCCGUAUUUUAGCACAAGUCAGCAGAUACCGUGUGGGAGGAAUGGGAAACGAAUCCAAAACGCUGCAGUUGGGAUACUGACUCAGUUCACCUACCCUCGGAAGAUUACUUAAUUCCAGUCUUCCUGGAUGCUCGCAGCAUAACCUCUUCACGCAGCCAUCUAUUUAUUCCAGGCUAAUUAAGAACUGUGUCUCGUUCUGCGAGAAGAAAACAAUCACAGCAGAACCAUCUCUGUGUUGAAGUACGAAGAACACAAGGCAAAGCAGCCUGCCUUCAGACAGCUCGCUGUGCCCACGCGCUGCAGGAGAGGAGUGGGAUCUCCUUCAGGAGGGAAUCUCUUUCUGAGCACCCGCUGUCCCCACAAGAACUGCAGGAGAAGCUUCUGACCCCCUUCAGUGUCCUGCAGGAGAUGCUUCACUGCUUGAGGCCGGUCUGUGCACCACAAGGAGGAAAGCUGCUUGGGAAUAUCAGGUCACCAAAUGCAUAACCAAGAUGCUGUGUUUUACAGUACCCCCCUGUGGGUCUGUGCACGGCGUUCUGCCAUCCUGGGAACAAACUCAGCACCCGGAGGGCCUGAUUUCAGACACACCGUCUUUCCAGAUAAGAGAUCUUGGUUCUAUACAAACAAGGUUAUGACUUUCAGGUCUGUUGCAAAAUGUCGCAUUUAAUUUUAGCAGCUCGGUUGUACUUUUUUUAUGCAGCUGAUUAUGUUGAAAUGUCUCUGUCGCUCAGUCCCCAUUUUCAUUAAAUGUGCAAACAUCUCUUGCUUUCCUUCUGCUGGGCUGAAAUCUGAGCUUCUGGGGCUGCCUCCUGCCUGACCUUUAGCGAAUACGCAGCUUUUGCAGCUUCUGCACUUUUCAGAAGCUCCUCUUACACAGACUAUGAAACAAUUGGAACAGAAAAGCGAAGAACUCUUCUUUUGUCCAUUAACUUGCCAUUCCAUGGAAAGUCCAUUUGGAGUUGUAACUCAGAAUUGUUUUGAGGCUGCUGUGCUUUCUCAGCAGCAGUGAUUCCCCUUCCCCUUGGUCAGAACUUUCCCCCUGAGCUGCUGCUGUCUCCCCUGGCCCAGCUCAGGCACAGGGCCGGGUUGCUGCCUCACCCCAGAGGAAGCGGAGCAGCGUGGAUUUGGUUCUCUGACCGCUGGCAGCUUCCGCCCAAGCUCUCUGCUUCCUCUGUGGCUGCACUCCGGGCUGCCGAGCUCAGAGCCGCCCCCAGGCUGUGCUGGGAAAAGAUGUUUACAACUGCACUUCAGUGCUGGGAAUAUGAAAGCUGCAGCGGGCGCUGCCGUUCUCGGGAGUGCUUUCAGGCCCCCGGCACAGUCCUGCCCUGUGUGGCAGUAAUGAAUCAUCGCUGAUGCUCCUGUGUAGGUGCAGCCUGCGAUGGCUCGCAGUGCACGUGUUCUUUUCCUUCCAGUAAGCAGGGAGUAGGGGAGCAUAAACGUAAGCAGGAAUGUGUGGAGCUCCUCAAGUUAUGACAAACUGUUUCUCAGAAGCUUUCUAAUGUGCAUUGCAAUAAUGCCUGUGAGUCUCUUAACUUUGAUAUUUCGGUUACUUUUUGCAACAGUUCUGACCUGAAACAGUCUUACACGUUUCAUUACAGCUUCCUUGCCAGGGAUGUGCCCCAAUCCCGUCUGCGUGUGGUCUUUCAGAGAGGUCACACACACCUCAAAACACACGUGCAGGUCUCAGCUGAGGGGAGCUGGGGGACAGGAGCGCGUGCGGCAGGGCAGGGCAGGCACAGUGACUCUCGGGAGGCUUUGAUCCAGAUGAAUCACAAAUGGAAAAAUGAAACCACGUCGUGAAAUCAGCGUAGCAGUGAGCAGAGCAGCCAUGCUUCUGUGCUGCCCUGGUUGUGCGGGGCAGCGCCGGGUCUGGUGGCACAGCUGAGGAGGAGCGUGGCCUCAUCUCUGCUCAGCUCUUGCCAGUAUGCAUUUAAUGCACAGACACUGAAUUUACCCACGUUGUGUAUGUACCUAUUGGAUCUAAAUAACAGCCAAACACACUUUCGUCCACUGACUUAAAAGGCAUGACCAAUGCAUGUGUAACAAAAAGAAACAUACGGAGCGACCGAACGUUUGCAUAUCUUCAGCAGCUUAAAACCCAUGUCCCACAGCUGGGAAUGUUACAUGCAAAACCACUGCUCUGUAGCCCAGUGAGCUGCAGAAGCUGCUGCUUCCAGGUGCACGGUGCAGUCAGGAGCAGAGCUGUGGCUGGGAGCCCUGGCUGUCUCCUGAGUCAGAGGGCCAAAGGAACUGCCUGAAAUAUUGCGUUUUAGUGCUUGGCUGAGGAGUAGCACUUGGGUCUGUUCCUUGUUCCAUCCAAAGCAUGAGUGUGGCACCCACCUGAGCAGUGCUCACAGGGAGAGCGGGGCGGCGGGUCAGAAAGCUUGAAAGAAGAUAAGUUUUGUGUGUCCAUCCGGGGUGAGCAGCCUUUAUAACUCCAUCUGAUGUGUAAGAUCACCGCUGAACACAUCACACAGUGACCUACCUGUAAGGUUGGGGUUUUGCAAUCUGCAGAGGUGAACCUUGAAGAAAUCUGAGUGCAGCAUAGCAGUGCUGUGGCUCCAGAAGCGUGCUGUGCUGACAGCCCUUGGUUUGGUGCAGGCUGCAGUGCCCAUGGCAGAGCUGUGCACGGAGCUCUGCGGGUGCUGUGAGGAGCAGCGCGGCAGCAAAGGCGGGCAGCAGAGCUGGCGGCUGCGGGUGGCCCAGGAUGGCUUCAGCUCUUCUCUCCCAUGGGCUGAGAGCAAAGCUGAGAUUUAUGUCAGUCGUGAUGCUUCUGUUAAGACCCUGAGCUGGGGCUCUGCACCACCAACUGCCCUAUUGAGUCGGCAGCUUCACAACUUGCAUGGCUGUUUUUUGUGUCCGUACCCCUCAGAGAGCGGAUGCCCACCGUGGGGCGGCGCAUCGCACCGAGCUGCAGCUCCAUCACGGGUGUGACACAACCAAACAGACUUCCCCUAUUCACACAGUAACGCCUUUCAGUUUGGGUUCGUGAUUCUGCUCUAAAUGAUGGCAUCCUCUUAAUGGUGCGGGGGUGGGGGGUGGGAAGGGGUAGCAGCCGCCUUGUUAAGUGCAGUGCUGAAAUUGCAGCAGUGUUGGUACCUUCACAAAGACUCAUUUAAAGAACCCAUCCUUUCUUAAAGGUACCUGAGAGAUGCAUGACACGCGUACAGCCAGCAGCAAAGGGGGGGGUGGUGUCGGGGGUCUGCGUGCCCACAUCGGGGCAGCUCUGCUGCAACAGAGCGUGGCUGUGAUCAGUGCUUGACUGAGCGAUGCCUUUGAAGGAAAGCAGACAUCUUCCACGUGGAUGUUAGCAGGAGCAGUUUGAGGUGAGAACGCCGGAUAUCAUGUGCUUCGAGUCACACACAGUUUUAUGGAGCUCUGUAUGUUGCCAAGACAUGAUCUUUUUGUUCCUACUGUAUUUUUCUGUAAAUAUCCCUGGCGCUGAGUUGUAAAGUAAAGGCAAAAUGUAAAUAUGAAGAUGUGAACUACGUUCCCUCGUCUCUAGUCCUUUAUCUCCUAUUUGUUUAGGGAAGGCACACAAAGGCUUGUUUGUAUUUAUGCCAAUUCUUUGUCCAGGAGAAACACAUCAAAUAUUGAAUGUAACACAAUUAGUCCAAUAAAUUUUAAAGAUUCUUAUCUAA